AUCACCUAGAAAGCAUUAUAACGGCACCUGAGUUACUAAAGAUCUGUGGACAUUUACCGUCCUUGCAAUGACUUUAUUAAUAAAAUUAUAGCAGCUGUCACGGCUUUAGACGCUUUUAAAUCCGUGCUUAUUUGUCGUAUAAAAUGUAGCAAACUAACAUGUCAACGCUGGGAAGCGUAACACUUUGCUGUUCUGUGUUGACAGCUGCCUGCUUCCAGCUGUUGAUAGGCGAGCUGGUUAGCAACCUAAGCUAGCUAGUUCGUACGAGGAACAAGCUAAACUCCGGCUACACACUCUCACUCAAACUGAGCGUUAGCUAUCUAUCGUCAUCUUUUAAAACGCCUUAGCAACAACAUCUUGCUGAAAUACGGAAUAUAUUUAACCAAACUGUUCAUCCUACCUGUGUUUCGAUAACCCAGGAUGAAUGACGACGAGUAUCGGUGGUGUCGCAUUAACGUUUGCCCGAUGUGAAACCAAGGAAAUAAUACAAGAUGUGAAACCAGGUGUCAGCAUGGUGAGGCGGGUAAAAGAAGCAUUGAAGAAGGAGACACAGCAAAAGGAGACGAACAUCAAGAACCGUCAGAAGACCUUCAAGGAGCAGGAGAAGGAAAGUAGAGAAGCAGCUUUACAAAACUCCAUUAGCAAUGAGAACAAGGGAUUUGCACUUCUGCAGAAAAUGGGUUACAAAGCUGGCCAAGGCCUCGGGAAGCAGGGAGCAGGGAGGGUUGAUCCAAUUCCUCUAAAUAUUAAAACCGACAGAGGUGGCAUUGGAAUGGAGGAGGUGAAGAAAAGAAAAGCUGAGGAGGAACUUGAACAUUAUCGGCAGAAAGUACGAGCCAAACAACAGAAUGAGACCAAAUCUCUGGAGGAUUUUAGGUCAAGAGUAAGGACAGAGAGAGAGGAGCGAAAGAUCGAAGGAGAUCUCAGAAGGAGUCAGUGUGCCUGUGAGCAGCUUGACAGUCAGAAGGGCAUCACUGUCCCCAGGGAAGACUGGUACUGGCCUAAAGCAGAGAUUGAUGGCGAGGAAGAUGGUCUUAAGGAGGAGGAGGAGGAAGAGGAUGAGGAGGAGGAGGAGAUUGUGGAAUUAACCUCCUUUGACAAACUGCAAAUUUUGACGUCCUAUUUGAGAGGAAUCCAUUUUUACUGCAUAUGGUGUGGGACCACUUAUAAUGAUGAAGAGGACUUGUGCUCUAACUGUCCCGGGGAUACAGCAGCAGACCACGAAUGAACUUAAAAAAGCAGUUACAAAUGUUUGAACCCUGGAAACGUUGCAUGUGUAAGCGAGUGCAGACAGCAUUUUACAAUGUGAAACAGGCUCAUCACGCUCAUCAGAAUUGGAGGAAUGUUUAUUUCUUAUCCCCAUUUGAAUCUGCUAUCCAUCUCUGGAAGGACAUCACUGUUUAUGCUGUUUGUGGGUGGCGGCCUUGAAUUUUUCAUUACAUUUAGAAAUACUGUGGGGAAUUUAGGAUACCUUUUUUAAUAUUUAUAUUUUGAAAAGAUUUUUGAGACGAUGUUUCAAGAGUAAUUGCAUACCUGUGUUUUCAUUAAAUGUUCUAAGAAUUA